AUGAACGGUCGUAGGCUCCCCAGCGCAUUUUUGCGCAUAUGUCUAAUCAUUCUACUAUGCGGGACAGAGAUAGUUGUCGGCCAGGGAGAUGGGACAAGUAACAACAGAUUUAUCAAUCCGCCGGCCGCCAAUUCAGCUGAAAAUCCCGUCUGGGUCCUGGGGGAGCAGCAAGUGAUCUCCUGGGUGACGACCUGGACUACAUUCAACAUCUCUAUUUGGCAUCAAUCGCUUGGUAAGGAAAUGGCAGCAAGUUUGGGGAAUAUCUAUACUCAGGUUGAAGACAUUGGGGUCACAAAUUUCACCUGGAAGGUACAAACGUACGGCGCCAGCAUUGAAGACUCGCCGAUCUUCUUUUUCUGGAUCAACGCCAAUCCGACCAGUCCUGGCUUCAGACUGACAUCGAAUUAUUUUAAUAUAACCGACAAACCGCGUUCCACGAGCACGUCGACUUCGUAUACAGCAACGUCUACCGAACUACAAUCAACAAGCUCGUCGACAACAAGCACCACAUCUUCUGCUCCGACCGAGACCUCAGCCACCGAGACCCCCCAAGCAUCGUCGUCCUCUCAAUCUGGCCUCGAUCCGUCCGCCAAAGUAGGACUUGGUGUUGGAGUGGGCAUCGGGGUCCCUGCGAUUGCACUGCUUGCGGUGCUUACCUGGCUGAAAUAUCGCCAGUCUCAGUCGCGAAAGAGGUCGAUACCAGUGACACAACCAACCUUUGCGCAUAUGCCACCACCUUGGACCCAGCCUCCUCUCCCACCAGCACCACCUAAAGAGUUACCUGGAUCGGAGGUCACAGAGUGGCGUUCGGAAUUACCGGACCGUUCACACUAG